AUACUAAUAUAUAUGUUUAAUAGAUAUACUUGAAGUUUGAAUUUCAAAAGGAAGCGUAGUACACAACGAAAUAGUUGGAGGUCUGGUAUUUUCAAGUACCUACUUUCUCUCUCCUCUAUAUAUGUAUUGCCAUAAUACAUACAUGUUUGUCUGUUGUUUUGCCACUGUCCGGCAGUUCAUGUGAUUGCAGUGAUCGAUCAUGGUGAUGAUGAAUAAUGAAGAUGAUACAUGCUUGGAUUCUGGGCUGUGGCAUGCUUGUGCUGGUGGAAUGGUGCAAAUGCCGCGGUUAAACUCGAAAGUUUUUUAUUUCCCUCAAGGUCAUGCUGAGCAUGUUGCCUCUCCGAAUGUCGUCGAUUUUGGGGAUUUCCCACAAAUCCCACCUUACAUUCUGUGUCGGGUAUCCGCCAUAAGCUACAUGGCGGAUCCCGACACAGAUGAAGUCUAUGCUAAAAUGAGACUGGUUCCAUUGAUAAAUGAUGAUGGUUUUGAUUCUGAUGACGAUGAUGGAGUUAUAACCGGGUUUGAUCAAAACAAGAAUGAGAAUCAAGAACAUGCUAAUGCUACGUCUUUUGCGAAAACAUUGACUCAAUCGGAUGCUAACAAUGGCGGCGGUUUCUCUGUUCCUCGGUACUGUGCUGAGACGAUAUUCCCAAGGCUGGAUUACACGGUGGAUCCACCGCUUCAAAACAUCUUAGCCAAGGAUGUUCAUGGUAACAUUUGGAAGUUUAGGCAUAUUUACAGAGGGACCCCACGCCGCCAUCUUUUAACCACGGGUUGGAGCACUUUCGUGAACAAGAAGAACCUAGUGGCUGGUGAUUCCAUUGUGUUUCUUAGAGCUCAUAAUGGUGAUAUCUGUGUCGGGAUCCGCAGGGUAAAUAGGGGAUUCAAUAAUGGUAGAUUUUGUGGGCUCAUAAAAGAAAGAGGGAAAUUGAGCAGUGAAUCUGUGAUAGAAGCUGCAAAACUUGCAGCAAAUGGUCAGCCAUUUGAGGUGUUUUACUAUCCAGGAUCGGGAUCGAGAUCGAGCGCUCCUGAGUUUUGUGUGAAAGCUUCAACUGUCGUGGCUGCAAUGAGGAUUCAGUGGUGCCAGGGGAUGCGCUUUAAGAUGGCUUUCGAGACGGAGGAUUCAUCCCGGAUAAGCUAUUUCACGGGGACGGUUUCUUCGGUUCAUGCUACUGAUCAUAUCCAUUGGCCUAAUUCUCCAUGGAGGCUCCUUCAGGUAUCGUGGGACGAACCAGAUUUGCUACAAAACGUGAAGCGAGUAAGCCCGUGGUUGGUUGAAACCGUUCCAACCAUACCUGCAAUCCAUCUUUCACCUCCAAGAAAGAAGCCUAAACUCACCCAACCUCCGGAUUUCCCCCUAACUUUAUCGCUUAUCACCAACAACAACUACAUUAAUCCCGCUAGCAUCCAGGGAGCCAGGCAUAAUAAUAAUAAUAAUAAUAAUCCUCAAUUCGACAACAUCCUAUCUGGGAUGUUGAAUGACCCUUUGAGACUAUUCCCUUCAACAACUAAAGAAAGCAAUGGCAACGUUGAAAAGGAUAAGAAAAAACCCGUGUUCAUGUUGUUUGGUCAGCCAAUUUUUACUGAACAACAGUUAGUAGAGAGUUGGUCUGGUGAUGAUGGUUCAGUGGUCCUUCCGGUCGAAAGCAGCUCAUCUGACGAAGCUGUCCCAUGGCUCAAUGAACCAAACUCUCAUUGCAAGGCGCUCUAAUUUCAGAAGAAUUGUAGUACUAACCAAAGAUGAACCUGUCAGUGAGACAUCACAAAAGCUAACAAACAAUUCUAAUGGAAGUAGGAAGCAUGUUCUCACUAGUAGCAAUUGAUAUAGUGGCAUUUUGUCUCUUUAUAUUUUUUUUUUAAUUUCUAAUAUUGUUUCUCGGAGUUGUGGGAAAAGUCCUACUACCGAGUUUAGCGGCGAGUACAUUUUGCUUUUGCUUUUAUUAUGUAGCAUCUGAUACUCGUUUUUUGACGUCUAUUCGAUUAUCGACUGCAUUGAUCUACACGAGACUUUUUUACUAAUCAUGGUGAUCCAAAGUUCUUUAAACUUUAUAGUUUAAGAAAA